AUGUCCCCUGCUCAGGCACCACCUACUCAAGAUCCUCUUGACGCUCUCGACCACAAACGCCUUCCAGAGCUUCAGUACCUCAGCACAUUCUGUCCCUUCAGUCUCAACUCUAAGCCCUGCCCUCAAGGCACAAAGUGCGCGCUCAAGCGUCUCUGCUCCGUCCUCUGCGCUUUCCGCACCAAGCGCGAGUACUGCGACGGCCACCAUGAUGUUGCUCCACUCUGUGAGCAGUUCUUGACUGACAAGGGCUGCAAGUACCGUAAGGAGGAUGAUCAUCCUUGGCUUGCUAGGAGUCAUGAUGUUGAGUUGAGAUGUUGCAUGGAUGUCAUGCUCAAGCCUCAUCGUCUUGGUCUUUAUGGUGUGCAGCACUUUUGA